AGAGAGCACGCGGGAACAACAAAGUCAUGUGACUCAAGAAAAUCUAUAAACGUAUUUCAGAAAUGGAGGAUGCUUAUGUUGACACACCUACUUUAAUUGAUAAACUAGGCAAGAUGAACUAAGAUGACAAGAAAUGUAAAAUAAGUUUGUAUAUUUUGUAACAUUGUAUCUGUAAUAACUGCAGUCCAUCUUCUUGUGUCAUUUAUAUAGAAUUAUCUUCCUUUUCUUUUCCUUAAUUUCUUCCUUGUUUUAAAUUUCUUUAUGUUUUGCUCUGCCCGCCUCGAUUAGCCAAGCUAUUUGCGAGCAGAGGAUGUUUAAUAAUGUGUAAUAAUUAUGUGUUUUAAUUUAAUCCAAUUUAUUUAAUAACGUAAAAAGAUCAAUAAACUUCAAACUUAAACUACUACAUACUAGGGUAGGGUAAGGGGGAAAUUUUACAUAGGUCUAGUCUUACGGGUUUUUUUAUGACUCUGCUAAAUCACGUAUAAGAGGCUGCAUGUAGCAAUAAUGAUAGAUUGUACGAAUCGAACUGACAAGCAUAAUUUACAUUGGCCUGAAAUGGCGUUGCACAGAUCAGUUUGAAGCUAAUUGCAAAGUGGGGACCUCUGAGGCAUUCACCUCUGGCCGGGUUAUUCAAAGCGGGGUUAAGAUAACCCAGGGUUAAUGCGAAAUUUGGAUCAUGAUAUAAAAGCAAUAAUUAAAAGGUUUAACUCUUUUCGUCUACAAUUUGACGAUUGGAUACAUUAAAAAGGAAUAGAACAAAUUAUUCGAAGAAACGCUUUUGAAUAAAAGAAAAAAGGAAACCGGAUUAAAAUUUAACCCUGGGUUAUAAUUAAGCGCUAACUGGCCUUCAAACAACUGGGCCCUGACUUAGCGCCAGCUCAGAAUUACAUAUUCGCCGACGUAAAGAUAAAAAAGUUGUAUUGCAAUUGUAAUUUAACUAAAGAGGCAGGACAAACGACUAAAAUUAAAUCUCAUGUUUUGCGUUGUAGAUCCGAUAGACGCCAUGAAAAGUUUAGUGAAAGACGUGAAAACAGAUACCACCGCAAAAGGAUCGUUUGCGUUCGUGGUGGUACUCAGAGAUCGCUUUGGAAAUCCCAUUAAAGUUAUCAAGAGAGACAAGAAGAAACCGACAAGGGUAUUAGUUCAGUACGCGCCGAGGAACAAACCACAACAAAUGACCUUCCUAAAGUGUACCACGACGAUAACGAGCUAUGGGACUGGUGAUGAGUUUGUGUUGAGCUGCGCAGGCGCUGAAAAGGAAAGUAUCUAUUUUUAUCCUUUCAUAAACAAUGUACCACUUGGUGGAAAGGAGAGAUAUGAAGCUACAACUACCUUAUGCCCUGGAAAGAACAGUUGUGAAGGUAAUUAGCUUCUCAUGCAUUAGGUUUGAGUUAUGUAUACACUAUACCGAAUACCUUUUCGUGUCGACACGAACAACAGCAACGGCACAGAAAUGGAGCAAGUCGUUUACACAUAUCUAGGAGGGUCAUGCUGCCAAAACCUUUCACCGCCUUUUCUAGCUGCGGGUAUACGAGACUUUGUAUGUGUUUGAUGAAAGCAAUAAAUAAAGUGUGUUGAACAGUUUUUAGAUUGUUCUUCAAGAUGGGUGUAAUUGCAAAGAGCUUCAUUCGAUUUAACUCGAACUUUUCCUCACACAGCUGAGUCAGAGACCCCGAUACUGGUCAUAGUUCUUUCUUGCCUUGGAGCUGUUCUUGUGGUGAUAUUACUGGCGGCAUUUGUCCGUAGCAAAGCUAAAAAGAAAAUAACAGUGGUCCCGGAGAUGACUAACGAGUUAGAAAUGGACGUUCAGCUUCCUAAGGACGACAACGGCGAACCGCUAGAGGUAGGAGCUUGUGAUUGGAUAAGUUGCUUUUUGACUCAUGUUGGGCCGACAAAUUUUCCAUUACAAGUAGAUAAGUGGCUCGUUAUUAGACUUAGGCCCCGUCCACACAAACGCGUUUUCGUUUGAAAACGCGUACAUUUUGACGCGUUUUGGCCGAUCAGAUUGAACAUUUAAGGUCAGGUCAGUUUUAUCUCCACCUCACACCGCUUAUGAAUGCUACUGCGUUUUUAUUGGCUUGAAAAUAAAAAACUUAUAUCCCUUUUUCAAGUAGCGUCGAUGAUGUGCAGCGCGUGUAAUCCUUCGUCUUUAAUCUUCAGGCCCUUUAGUCUGUUACUCGAUCAAAAUACCGUCUCUGUUUACUUCACCUUUUUUAACGUCAAUGUUUGCUUGCUUGCCUGAGACGUAUUUUCAUUACGUAUCUUUUUUUUCCAGCUCAUAAAUCGGCACGAAAAGUACGCGCUCGACAACAGUGUUGAAGAUAUCGCAGUAGCUAGUGCAACUCACGAAAAUGUCUCAGAGGAUGAAAAAUCUAGUGGUGAAUCAACAAAACUGCAUUUGAAUGUUUCUGGUGCUAUUGGAGAAUCCGAACAGGAACCUCAAGGAGAGGAACAAAAGGAGGAAGAAGACGAACCCGAGAAAAAGACUGACGUAAUAAUUAAAACGCAGGUAAACUUUAGGAUAUAUGCCGAGUCCAGCAUGAGAAGACGCCACCCCCUGUUUCCCCAAGAAAUGACGUUCGAGGACCGAGCGCAGAAAAACCGGCCAUACUGAUGACGUGACUCUACUUAGAUCUGGUAGUACUUUUGAUUGGUUGAAGCAAGUUUCUCUCGCUGCACGACCAAUCAGAAGCACUACCCAGAUCUGCCUAGUGCCACGUUAUGGAAUUUCUGCGCUCGUUUCUCAAGAGUCAUUCGGCGGGGAAACCAGUGGUAGCAUCGCCAAGUGUCUGCGGUUGUUUCAAAAUUCAAACGCAUUAUUAGCUAGUUGAAUUGAUCUCUUUUAUUUACACAGAAUAAGAAUUUUGAGCAAGGCACAGAGCUAUCAGCUGCUGAAAAAUUUGAAGAGACCUCGGGCCCAAGUGCCACAACACCAGAUACUGACCCUUUUCCUGGUCUUGAAACACAAACAGAAGAAGAAAGACCAAACGACCUUCAGGAGAUCAAAUCAUCGGUGCUGAUCGAUGAUGGCUUAAGCGUCUCUAUCAUUGGAGAGCGAGUCUUAAAUAAAUCACGAAAACAAGCCGAUCAAAGCAGAAAAUCGAGUCACCGAAAUAACAGAGUUGUUCCAACAGACUGCGGUAAUUUCUCACUUUGUCUCAAAGUUUCCCUUGGGAUCUGAUAUUAAGUGUAUAUUAAGUUAUGGUUGGAAGUGAUCAUUGUUACCUUUUUUGAUGCAGUAGCGACCUUAUAUGCCCUCACAGCAACCAAUAAUGAACUGUACUUUUUGCACGACUAUUACAUGUAAAUUGUCGUCUCAUUUUGAUAGAAUAUAAAGACUCCACUGCGAUAGCCUAAGACUUAGUUUUGUUAUACUUAAAACUUCUCUCCAGACCGGAUCUGGAAAGAAAUUUUAAUAUACCAAAAACUGGACAUGGUGUUUCGCCUAUUUUCGCUUUAAAUUUUCCGCGUGUAACCAUUUUGAAUAAUAAUGACAUCAAUCAACGUUUCAUUGUAUCAAACAGUAUUUAAAAUCAGUUGGAGUGGAUUCAUUCGCAGCAUUCACCAUUUUCACAUACACCAAAAUGCACCUUACUUAUCUCUAAAAUUUUGCGUCAGCAUUGUUUCCAAUUCAGUCUAGGGUAUUACAGUCGUCCCAAGAGAAAUCGAAGGAUAUGGUUACGCAAAAUUUUGGGAGUGUAUUAUGGUCUAUAUGAAAAUGGUGAAUACCAGACUGUCACGUUCCCCACAAAAUUUCCAUAAGUAUUGUUUUCAAUUUCUCUUAAGACUAACAAACGUCUUUUGAAAAACUGUAAACAAAUCCCUAUGCAAACUUUUGAGGGGAAAAUAUUGCAUUACGGAGAUCGGGCGAGUUGUAGUGCAACUUAACUGCCCGCUGGAAUAUUAAGUUGUAUAAGCAAUAACAAAUUCAAGCGAGCAAAUGGCGACAGCUAUUCGCGUAUGUUCAAAACAAAUUUACCCAAAAUGUGGUGUGUUGGAAAAGAGAAUUUCGCAUCAAUUUUUUUCGGUUCAAAUUCAUUAUUUUCAUUUGGUACAAUCAACCUUUCGUAUUUCUAACAUGCUUUUUCCCUUUUCUUUUUUGCAGAAACCACUGCACAAAGAAAAUAUACAGAAAGGGUUAAAAAAGCUGACCAAUAUCGACAGGCAUGGAUCAACGACAUUCUUGGAAACGAUCAAUCAAAUGCAUGGUAUUAGUUACAGCUUUGAUAUCAUAGUAUGUGAACAUUACUGAGAAAUUAAGUUUAUAAAAGCCAACGAAAGAAAUAUUGAGCCGAAAAUGAACAGAAGUGUUGGCCGGUUAGAAACUCGUUUCAAAACCGUGUCAUAUUAUAUGACAACGAAAACCACAUUAUUCUAUCGACAAAUGAUAAUAACUAACAAAGGAAAAGACGCAAACUGCUCUUACCAUUUUUCGACUCUGUUCCACGGAUGUAGUUAAGUCUUCCCUCCAACAAUUUCUCCUCCUCUAGCUUCUACAGUUUUAAACUGGAUCAAGUCGGCAGUUGCGACAUAAAAACAUUCACUUAAAAAGUGAGUUCGCGCUGUUUUAAACUUCAACGCUGUUCUUUCAUCUUCGGCUUCAGUUUGUAAAAUGUUGGCGAGUUUUUCUGGAGUUGAAUUCUUAAAGAUUCUAUCUGAGUUCAUAAAAAGAGAAGUAAAACCGUUGUCUUNGGAUCAAGUCGGCAGUUGCGACAUAAAAACAUUCACUUAAAAAGUGAGUUCGCGCUGUUUUAAACUUCAACGCUGUUCUUUCAUCUUCGGCUUCAGUUUGUAAAAUGUUGGCGAGUUUUUCUGGAGUUGAAUUCUUAAAGAUUCUAUCUGAGUUCAUAAAAAGAGAAGUAAAACCGUUGUCUUGUCAGCGCUCACGUCCUGCAUAAACUGAUGUGAAAUUAGUAGUUUCACGCUGUAGUCGUGUGAAUCGAUGGCAACGAAAAUGCACGCAAAAGCGUGAUGCACGUGUAAAGUUGUUGUUUUGCUAAUCUUCGGUCUCGGAUGAUUGCCCUAGAUCUGCUGGGUUUGCUGGGUACUGUAGUGCUUGAUUGGUUGACGCAAACAUGUUUCACCCGAGGCACGACCAAUCAGGAAGGGCUACCCAGAGCUUAGUAUUGACAGGUUAUCAGUAUGGAAUUUCUACAGUUGUUUCCCCUACGCACUCACUGGUGGGACCUAAUUUUUUGGGAAAUUCAAAAUUACAAGUCGUGUAUGCGACGAUUCUGUUAUAACUUGCAUUUAUUGCAUUACGAAUCCAUCGCUUAAUUGUUUGCAAUUGAGUGACAACUAAGUGAGCGGGUGUUUUUGGAAUCUUUAACCACAAAAGGAGAAAACGUUGACAUGCACUUUUUCGCCACUCAGGACUACUACUGCGGUAUACGGCGCAGGAUAUAUAUAAACAAAGUUUUCCGACUUAUCUGGACCGGUCUUACAUCCUUUGAUUCUUCCCUGAACAGUAUACUGACAAUUUGCUAAUUUCAUUGCAGAAACGAAAAGUGAAGGAUGAGACAUUUUAAGAGAGGAUAUCAAGAUAAAGG